UAUAAAGUUAGCGAAGUUCAGUAAUCAAUAACUGAAAUUCAAAUUGUAUUUCAAAGAUGAAUUAUCUUUUUAUUAUUUCUACUGCUAGCUGCGUUUUGGAACUCGUUAUUCCGGCAAUAGCUAAGUUUCUCACAGGUUGUAUAACUAAAGAAGCUGAAUCAGACCAACCCCUACAUAGAGAUCUGAUUGAGCUCAAUCGUCAAAUGGAACAAAUUUCAAUGGUUGAUGAAUUUGCCAAGUAUGCAAGGCUUCAACGUCAGUGUAACAAGUUGGAAGCCAAAUUAUCCACCAGAGUCGAGACAUUAAUGAUGUCGAGAAUGAAGCUGAGACUAUUGCUUACAUACAGCAUGAGAAUUUUGAAUGGUAUCAUUGCUGCAAUUUUGUUGUACCUUUACCGCUUGGAACCUAUUGCUGUUCUACCAAAAGAUGCAUUAUGGCCCCUACAAAAUAUUCUCAGUUGGCCGUGCCCUCUUGAAAAUUCUAUUUCAUUAACAAUGUGGUUAGUGAUAUCAAGACUGGCAAUUUCAAGCUUAAAAUAGUUGCAGGUUACACAAAUUGUACCACAGAUGGAUCAUAAAUGCAAUCUCUGUUACCAAUGUUACCACAAGCCAUGUUACCUUAUCCAAUAUUACAUAGCGUAAUACUGUGACUAAUGUGGUUAUUUCUAUGCAUUUUUCACACAGAUAUAUCUUUUUGACACGAGGAAAUUAUUCUGUA